AUGAAUACCACUACAAAAAUAAGUAGUAGUGGUUGUGGUAGUUACAACUAUCAAUACAUUCGAUAUUAUAUAAAACAUCAAUAUCAAUCAUCUAUAUUUUCAAAUACAUCAUCAACAACAACACAUGCACUUACACCUACAACAUCAACAUCAACAUCAACAACAACAUCCCCACCAUUGAAAUCAAACUAUAAAUAUAUAUAUAAUAAUAGUAAUUUUAAUUUAUUAGGUAGAUUUAAUUAUUCUACUUCAAAUACAAAUAGAUAUAGUAAUAAUAGUAAUAGUAAUCUUUAUAGCAAUAGAUUAAAUAAUAUUAGAAAUGUAAAUGAUAAUAACAAUAAUAGUGAAUAUAACAACAAUAGUUCGAAUUACAAUUAUCACCAUAAUCAUCAUCAGUAUAGUGAUGAUAUAAACUAUACGAGAAAGAACCCAUUGGAUCUAACAACUCUCGACAAAAAUACAAACUACAACUCUGAAGACUAUCAAGUUUUAAAAGAGUAUUUCAAAACUAAACCAAAUACCGCUGAAGUUUUACACCAUUGCAACACUGCUGCUCUACAACGAGGUGAAAGCGAACGUCAUCGUAGACACCCCAGUCGAUCCGCUAAACAACUCCGACCGAACGGGCUACUCGCUGGUCUUGCCGAAACACCAGUUCCACUCGCUCACCAGAUUUGGAAUGCUCUGCUCAUUGGUCUGGUCAAUGCAUGUCGAUUCGACAUGGCUGCAGCAGUCAUAUCCGGUGCCAGCCACUCGGAGAUCAAGCUACAACCAUCGACCAUUGAAUUCUGUCUUGCUAAAACACUCGCCAAUCUCGACAUUAUCGACAAACAUACAUUGAAAACACUCAAGGAUUUACUGGUUCCGAGUGGACUGCCCAAUUCCACAUGGACACAGUCGAUGCUUAAUUGUCGACUGGCGGCACUGGUUGAUACUGGCGACGUCAAAACCGCCGCUCUUCUCCUUUCACAACAAACCGACCACAUACGCAAUGCUCUCUCCAAUCAACUGGCAACACAUAUCUAUCUCCGUCAUAAAUCAUCGUUCUCCUCACUCACCGAGUCGGCACCAUCGUUGAAAGAACUCCUCCAAUUCGCCAGAGUCGACAAACUCGACAGUGGAAUGAUUCUCAAACUUGCCCAAGCCAACAACCCUGAGAGUGCUGCCAUCCACACCGGAGCAACUAUCAUUCGUCAAUACAUAAAGGAGUUGAUUGGCGCCACUGAUAAUGAGCAGCUGCAACAACAAAUCAGUCCAAUUGUUUUACACGAGUUGAUAAAGAUCAGUGUGUUGGAUAACGACCCACAGAGUCUGGUGCGACUUUUCAAAGCACUCAAACCACUCAGAGAAUAUCCAGCGGAAACGAAGCGUAUACUAUAUAUGGCCAAUGACAUCGUGAAUGAUCCAUGGGUUGCUGACAUUCUCAAGAGCAGCACCGAAUAUAAACUUCACCCGAUUCUACCUGCCAAACCAACAUGUACACUUUCAGAACAAUCAAUAGACUAUCUUAAGAAUAAGUUUUUACAACAGAGAAUCAAUCAAGAUAUAAUUCAUGAAUAUAACAAUCAUAAUAAUAAUAAUAAUCAUAAUAAUAUCGAAAUUAAUGAACAGAUAUAUAAAUUUUUAAUUCAAUUAAAAUCAAGAAAUAUAGCUUCAAAUUCAAAAGUAUUUCAUUCACCUCAACAAGAAUUGAUGAUUGAGAGAAUGAUCUUAUACAAACAAAUAGGGAAUAGCAAUAAUACAAAUAAAAGAAUUGUAAAUUCUUUAUUUAAAGUUAUAGGAAAAUCAUCAUCAUCAACAACACACAUCAUUCCUUACUGUUUUAGAAAUAAUAAUAAUAUAUCAUCAGUUUCACAAACAUCACCUUCAUCAUCAUCAUCAUCAUCAUUAAUAUCAAGAUCAUACUCAAACAAUAGCAGUAGUAGCAACAAUAUACUUUUUAAUAGAAAUGCAUCUUCUUUGAACUUUGAGGAAAUCGACUCACCAAAAUCAUCAUCAUCACCACAACAACAUUUAUAUACAUCACAUCCUAUUUAUAUUGAAAUACAACAUAUUAAGAAACUAUAUGAAGUAAACAACUAUGUGCUUGCAGAUCAAAGACCUAAACACGUUGGACAUUUGUUUGCUUGGAUAGUAAAGGCGAAACCAUUCAAAGUGGUACAGAUCAUCGAUGAUUUCAUGUCAUAUUUCCUCGCGAUUAAAGAUCAUAUGUGGAUAACGAGAACUAUAGAGCAAUACACUUGGCACAACAUUCCUCGUAUCAAUGAUCAACUACUCGACAAACUAGCCAACUAUAUAUUCACCAAGAUGCAUUCCGAACCGAAAAUAUUGCAUCUCUUUAACCGAUCAGAUAUAUCACAAUAUACACUAUUCACUCUUUUUAAAAAUAAUUUAACAGAAUCUCAACAAAAUAACAAUAACAAUAAUAACAAUAAUAGCAUUAUCAAUCAACUUGAUUUACCAUCAUUACCUUCACUUUCAACAUUAAUAGUAUACAAUGAAGCAAUGUCACUUUUCGAUCCAAAAUCAAAUAAUAAUGACAAUAACAACAACAGCAGCAGUAAUAACAGUAAUAACAGUAGUCAAGUAAAAUCAGAUAAAGAUAGAGAGAUUCAUUAUGAAUUGUUUGGUCAUUUGAGACAUUUUAUGUGGAGAAGUAAGAAUACUACUUUUCUAGAGUCGAUCAUCAGUAUCUAUUUGAAAUUGGAUUGCUAUCAUCAUGCUUUGAGUUGGUAUGCUAGAGGCGCGAAUAUGGUUGGACAUCUUGCUUACAAGCCAUUUGUGGCGUAUCACAAGUUGCGUGGUGACGAGGAGCUGGCGCGUCAUUGGUCAGCUGUGAGUACCGCCCCGAUUGGCGACGUCGCUGCCAUGCGUAGCUUCCUCUCGUACUCGAUCGAUCCCCUGAUAAAAGGCGAAGCAUUCCGUCGACAAGCUGCUGUGCGCCGUGGUGGAUUCGCUGCGAUCAACGCGGACAACCAAUUGGCUGCCUUCCUCGAGAAGUCAGAAAUCGACCAGAUCAUUGAGAAACUCGAGAAGUUCUACUUCCUCAACAAAGAGUUGCCACGCGACCAACUGAUCAUCCGUUGCGCCAUUGCCAUCUACGAAUCGGUGCCGGAACACUAUCCCAACUUCCUGAAACUGGUACCGAAUCGAUUCGCGCCACUCUUUUCCAACCCUAGAUUCUUCUCGGACAGUCUUCAAUCCGACUUGAUGAGUGGAAUCAAUAUGCUGCCGGGUCGCGAGGCAGUCGGAAACGUUGGACCAUUCAACGACAUCCUCAUAAGUCUCGUGGGAAGCAAGCGAUAUACCUUGCUCACUAGAAUAUUGGCUGCCGGUUUGGAGAUGAAGCAGAAACACUUCCCACAGCUUCAGACACGUACACUCGACGCCAUUGCCAACAAUCUACUUGUAAAUAUCAAAGAAGAUCAGCAAGCUCAACAGUUGGCGUCGACUGUCCUCACUCUACUCCCACAGCAACACGAAUCACUUCCACUUCACAACCUCAAGCUCUCCAAUGUCAUCCAGCGCGGCGAGUAUCCAUUGGCAACAGAACUCUUUCAAAAUAUGCAACAAAAAGAUCAACUUUCCUAUCAACUGGCAGCUCAAAUCCUCUUGAAACAACAUGAAUCAAACAACCAAAACAACUCUUCAUCGUCUGAAUUGAGCUUGGAACAAUUCGAUUCAUUCUUUGGUAUCGAUAGAAAGACCGACUCGACACCUUCCAACGACCUUUCUCAACAGCAAUAUGCAACUGUAUUCAAGAUUUUCCACCAAGCCAAUCAAACCAGAUUGAUCAGAGAGUACUUUGAUUCACUGAUGUUUGAAAACACUCUGCAAACCACGAACUCGCUCAGCCAAGAUCUCAUCUUACUGAUUAUGAAAGUGCUGGAGGGUCAACCGGCAUUGCGAUGCCGUUUCUUCAAAUCGCUAAUGGAUCUCAAGAAGAUGACAAGCAUCACUCCUGCCAUUCAAAUCUUGAUCAAGGGUGACAACGAAAUGGUAAAAGAUCCACAUGUCCGAGCUUCUUCUUACAAGCUAUUCGAGCAAACCACCUCCCAAGCCAUUGCUGUAUCGUCCUCCGACCAACAGACCCACUGA